AUGGCGUCUGAACUGGACAUCCCUGUUCCCGAGCCGGGCCCAGGCUACAGAAAGCCUCUGUUCAAGUCGUUCACCAGCGACAGGAACCUCAAACGGUUCUCCAUCUCGGGGCCCACUCUCAGGGUGGAUACCUCUUUUUCUGAGGCGAGCGCGCCCGCGGACCUGUCAGCAGGCAGUCGCAGAGACUCUGUGCUGGCGCCGCCGCUGGCCACGCCGCUGGCGGGCGGCCACAUGCUGGAGAACGAGGCCAAGAGAUCGAGCGUGCGGCUGGAAGUCGCAGACAUGACGCUUGUGGUGCCCACGCUCGUGCACAAGUGCUGCCAGUUCAUCCUGGACCAGGGCCCGAAAGAGGGCAUUUUCCGGAUCAACGGGUCCAUCAAGAAGAUCAAGAAGAUCGAGUCGCUGAUCCGCGAGCACGGAAUCGACAGUUUCGACUUCGACACCUGCCGCGUCGAAAACGUCGAUAAUAUAGAGGACACCGCUCCCAACGCGUACGACGCCGCCAUGGUGCUGAAAAGGUGGCUCUCCAACCUCGCCGACGGCCUCAUCACACUGGAUGUAAGCAAGUCCUUGAAAACCGUGGCCGAGUCGCCGCAGGAGGUUCCCAUUCCAGACGAGACUGAGGACGCUACACCGACAACGGAGGAGGCCUCGCAGACAGAGUCCGAAGACGCGUUCAGCCUCAGCUCCUACAAAACCAUACCAACCAGCAUUGAGGACACAGACAAGGAGAAGGAGUCGCUGGAAAACCUGCCCCUGGUCAACCUGCACCUGUUUAUUUAUCUGCUCUCCUUUUUGAACAAACUGGCACAGCCCGACAUCUGCGACAUCACCAAGAUGCCGUCGUCGAACCUUGCCAAGAUCUUCCAGAUGAGCUUUUUCAAGGUGGACGAUCUGCAGCCCCAGCUUGCUUCCACCACCAGCACAGACGAUCUUUUGCAGAAUUACAAAGCCAACGAGCGGCUGCUGCAGAACUGGAUCACGUCGUACGACGAGCUCGCCGCCAAACUGCGCUCCUUCGUAGCAGACAACCAGGAAAAGCUCAAGGAGACGCUGGCCUCCCCGCUGGUGGAGGAAUCGCUGGCCAUGCCAAAGCUGCGCAACCGCUCUGUCACGGAGGACAAGCAGCAGAAAAGACGCUCACUUUUCGGCUACCGCUCGCUCUCCAACGCUUUAAGCUCCAGAACCCUGUCGCAAGUGCUGACUGGCUCGCCUGACGACACGGGAAAGCGCUCUGUCUCGGACUCGGCAGUGGAAAAAUACCAAAAUACCCAAAACUCCGCUGUGGACAAGAAGCUCAGACGCCGCUCGCUGGGGUGGUUUGCCAACUCCAACCUGAGCACGCCGUCGCUCAGCAGAAGACAGGGCGAGACGCUUACGCCGGUGACUGUCUCGUGUCCGCUCAGUCUCUCCGCAGACGAUCUUCUCCAGACGACGAGCGAGGCCACUGAGCAGCCAGCGGUAUCGAGUUCCAGCGACGCGGCACUAGAAGUGUCAAAAUCCAGCCCACUCCAUUACGAGCUCAACGAGACCAAGGAGAUCGAUCCAGUGGAGUCUGCCAUUCCUCGAACAGAGGUCGCGGUGAAUACGCUGGACCCGCUCGACGGCAAGCCGAACAAGAAGAACAACAGACUGUCCAAGAUGUUUUCCGUUAGAUUUGGCUUUUCCAAGAUGAUCCACUGA